AGUUACACACACAACAUUCACACAAUCAAAUCAUUACCAUCAAUCAUGGUCGAGCCAACAUGGGAAGAGCUUCUCGGUCGAGACAAUUGGCAAAACCUAUUGGAACCACUUGACCACUCACUUCGCCAACUCAUCCUUCGAACCGGCGACUUCUGUCAAGCCACUUACGACACUUUCAUCAACGACCAAAACUCCAUCUACUGUGGAGCCAGCCGUUACGGUAAACAAUCGUUCUUCCACAAAGUCAUGCUCGAUGAUGCUAGACACUACGAAGUCGUUUCGUUCCUUUACGCUACGGCUCGUGUCAGCGACCACGAAGCCUUCUUCCUCAGCUCCAUGUCUCGUGAGUCUUGGGACCGUGAGACUAAUUGGAUUGGUUACAUCGCGGUCACUUCUGAUGAACGGACGGCUGAGAUUGGGAGGAGAGAGAUAUAUGUUGUGUUUCGUGGGACGACGAGGAAUUACGAGUGGGUUAAUGUGAUGGGUGCGAAGUUGACUUCGGUUAAAGAACUGUUGAUGGACGGUGGAGAUGGUCCUGAGGUUAUGCUUGGAUGGUUCACUAUUUAUACGACGGCUAAUCCAAACUCACCUUUCACCAAGAUGAGUGCACGUUCGCAGCUUCUCACCAAGAUAAAAGAAUUGCUAGAGAUAUACAAGGACGAGAACCCUAGCAUAGUGUUUACUGGACACAGUCUAGGUGCAACAAUCGCGACAGUCGCAGCAUUUGAUAUUGGGGAAAACGUUACAAGCGGUUAUGGCAACGUGCCGCCUGUGACGGCUAUUGUUUUUGGUUCUCCGAGAGUUGGCAACAGAGAAUUCUCGGACAGAAUCAAGGGACAUAACAAUGUGAGGAUAUUGCACGUGAAAAAUGAAAUUGAUCUCAUCACUCGAUAUCCAGCUAAGAUAAUGGGGUACGUCAACAUUGGGAACAAACUCAAAAUCGAUACGAGAGUUUCACCUUUUCUUAAGGAAACCCAUCAUCCCGGUGAUUGGCAUAAUCUACAGGCGAGUCAUUCUAUUGCGAUGUUACAUGUAGUAGCCGGAUGGAACGGGAAGAACGGCAAAUUUGAGAUGAAAGUGAACCGAAACAUAGCAUUGGUUAACAAAUCAUGUGCACUAUUGAAAGAAGAAUGUUUAGUUCCCGAAUGUUGGUGGGUCGAGAAAAACAAAGGCAUGCUCAAGACCGCGGAUGGUGAUUGGGUCAUGGCCACUCCCGACGAUGAAGACAAGCCCGUCGUCGAGUUUGAUUAAUAACAAACAAUUUGUGUCUUU